UUUAGCCGUUGUGAUAUUCUAUUCCUCGGUUUUAUUUGAUAACUCAACAGCACCAAUCACCUUGUAAUGCGAAGACAUGAAGACUGGGAUAUCGGUAUACGUGUUUUUAGUAGGCUUUGCCUUAUUACCAAUAUUUGUGGUAUCAUUUUCCUACAAUGACACUAAUGAAGUUCACAAAUAUCUGUUUAACCAUAAAGGCUACAAUAAGAAAAUAAGACCAGUGGAAAAUCAGGAUGAGCCAGUGUUUCGUGUUUGUCGAUCUCUUCCUUUUAGGAAUUACAAGCUUGAACGAAGUGCAGGAAAAAUUGACCACAACCGCGUAUCUUUCAAUAUCUUGGUAUGAUGCCUUCUUGGAAUGGGAUCCUAACAUGUUUAAUGGUGUAGACAAAUUUCAAGUACCACAGUCCGACAUAUGGAUACCGGACAUCGCCCUUCAGAAUGGUUUCACGCAACUGAAGCAGUUGGGUAGCGACUUUUUUUGGCAUUAGGUGGGUGAUGACGGUUAUGUCGGAUGGUUUCCAUUCGAAGUAUUUGAAACAAAAUGUGCAGUUGAUAUAAAAUACUUUCCUUUCGACAAACAAAUAUGCGACAUCAUAUUUAGAAUGUGGACUAGUGACUUCGAUGAAGUUCAGGUUAUAUUGAAAUCUGAUGCCAUAUUGAUGGACGAAUAUCAUGAAAAUGGACAAUGGGAUGUGUUGAGUACAUCUGCCACGGCCUUCCUGUCUGCGGAUUAUGAAUCUGUUAUCUCAUUUUCGAUUACGAUUAAGAGAAACCCCGAUUACACCAUGAUAAACAUAGUAUUGCCGAUAAUGAUGCUGUCGAUUCUGUCUGUCUGUACGUUCAUCAUUCCGAUAGAGAGCGGGGAAAAGAUGGGGUAUUCCGUUACUGUGUAUCUUGCAUUUGCGGUCUUCCUUACAAUCGUCAGCUCAUUCCUUCCGGAAACCGCGACAAUGUCGUUACUGUCAACAUACCUUCUGCUACUUUUAAGCAUCGGAACGACUAUUGUUAUAAUAACGGCCUUAGAACUACGUCUACAUCACCGUGACAAUUCCCGUGAAAUGCCGGGAUGUGCAAAGUGUGUCGUGAGAUUCUUCAGGAAGUCCCAAUACCGCAAAUCUAGAAAGAUCCAAACGUGUAAUGAUAUGGAAAUAGUUACGCUCAAUAGAAUCGGGUCCCAGCAGGAAAUUGCGUCUCCCGUACCGGAACUCGAAAGUUCGAUUGGUAACAUCACGUGGGCCGAUGUGACGUCAACGAUUGAUCUUGUAUGUUUCUGAGUGUUCCUUUUUGUGGUUUCUUUGUCUACGAUCCUUGUAUUAGUUAUCGGAUAUAAACAGUGAAUAAAGUGUUCAGUAACAUGUACACGAGUGAAAUGCACAGUAUAUAAAGUCAUAUAUAGAAAGAUAUCUCUACUGAACGGGAAAGCAUUGAUUUCUCGGUGAAGUUCUUCACGGAAAAAAAAUCUGGUACAAAUGUGUUAUUUCCAUGUCAACAUUAUAUUGCUUAUGUAGUAAUAUACACAAGAACAGUCAUCAAAAACUUCGAUAAAUUGUAGUAAUAGGACACAAUAACGAUAACGUAACAUCAGCAGCAGACUGUAAAGACCCUUCGAAGUGAGAUAGCGGAGACGCUUUCUUUUACUGAUGAAUCAAAUGUCAAACAUGUUUUUAAUCAUUGUGUGUUGUUAAUAUUAUACAAUAAAU